AUGCUGCUUGCGCAUGGCCUUGCUGCAAACCAAGUUUUUUUUGCUUCGCUAAGCACGAGGGCUCGAAAGGCGAAGGGGGCCGAGGACGAGGGCCGACGAGCAGUCGGCGGGGGGAGCCUUCAAGAAAUGGCGGUCGCAGGUUGCGCUGACCCGCGGUACCCGCGGUACCCGCGCUCCUUGAAUGGUCUCGGAUCGCCGUUCUUUCCCGAAUCUCAGAGACAGCGAGCCGCAGCUUCCCCAGAAGCUGCUUCCUUUCCCGUGGAUGUCCGUCCCGUGCCAGCUUCGCCGGCUUUGUCAGCUUCACCCAACCUUCCUGGAGCCUCGCCAAUCCACCUCGAGCAGUGGAAGGCAGUUUCACACGGCUUGGCGGGCAUUUUGCAGGAUGCCACGCCGGGAAGCUGUUCCAGCUCCGGACAGCUCUUUUCUCCUGGUCCGGGCUUUUCUCUAAGCUUCAAUGUGGCUGGCCACCAAAGCCCCACCGGUACAAGCCCCUGGAACCCUAAGACGCCUGCGAGCCCUGCGAGCCCUGCGAGUCCUGUGAGCCCAGCCAGCCUCUGGAGCGCGUCACCGAUUGUUGUCGAGCAGUGGCAAACUGUGGGCCAGCGCUUAGCAUCAGUGUUCCAAGACGAUGGUCUGUGGGCCACAACGCCAACGGCUUCAAGCCCGGAUUGGCACAGGCUCGUGUUGACGGUACAAAAUCUUGCAGUGCUUGCGAACUCCGAAGCAAAUCAUGUCUUGCAGGCCUGCACCACGAUAGUGACUUGGCGAUCGAGUGCAGGUGAUGCUUGGCACCCGCGACGAUGUAGCGGUAGGGUCGUCUCGCGAAGUCGAGAUGCGACCAUGGUUGAUGUGGUGUGGGUCAGCAUUUAG